GGCUGCACCGUGGAGAAAAACGUGCGUUCAUCCCGUGUGGUGUGUGUGUGUGUCAGUGUCGGUGGCAAACAAACCAGCGCUUAGAGAAAUCACGGCUGUUUCCACAAGCUUUGCAUCAAACAGCAGCAGAUAAACAGAGGGAUUCAUAAAGGGGACGCGGCAUGCAUGCAUGCAUCAAUGUGUGUGUGCAGGAGGUGUUGGAGGUUAUCGAGGAAUUAAAAGUGGACUGAUGCUGGCACACUGAGGGCUGGGCUGAAGCUUGUGACUGCCUGCAUUGUUGCAUGCUUCCUGGGAUGGGAUAAUUUCCCUCCUCACACACCAAAGGAAUAACUGACAGACUUCUCUUUCCAUUCUCAAUGGUGCUUGAAGGCAGAGAGAUGGACGGCAUCGGGAACACCAUGCAGAAGAAGGCUGCAGAGCUGGAGCGGCUGGCCGAGGUGCUUGUCACCGGAGAACAGCUGAGGCUGCGGCUCCAUGAGGGUAAGGUGAUCAAGGAUCGGCGGCACCAUCUGCGAACUUAUCCAAACUGCUUUGUGGCCAAGGAGCUCAUCGAUUGGCUGAUCGAACACAAGGAGGCCUCGGACCGAGACACAGCCAUUAAGAUCAUGCAGAAACUAUUGGACCAGAGCAUCAUUCACCACGUGUGUGACGAGCACCGGGAGUUCAAAGACCUGAAGCUGUUUUACCGCUUCCGCAAAGACGACGGCACGUUUCCGUUGGACAGUGAAGCCAAAGUCUUCAUGAGGGGGCAGAGGAUCUAUGAGAAGCUGAUGACCACAGAAAACAACCUAUUACAAACCAGGGAGGAGGAGGGCGGGACAUUUGAGCGGGCGCUGGUGGCUUCUGAGUUUAUCGACUGGCUGCUACAGGAGGGGGAGAUGCCAGCCAGGGAGGAGGCAGAGCAGCUGGGACGAAGGCUCCUUGAACAUGGCAUCAUCCAGCACGUCACCAACAAGCACCACUUUGUCGACGGCCCCCUCCUCUACCAGUUCAGGAUGAAUUUCCGGCGACGACGGCGGCUGAUCGAACUUCUUCACGAGCGCGGCCGCAGCAUCCCCGAGAGUCACGACAGCCCCUUCUGUCUCCGCAAACAGAACUCAGAUGGAGGCAACACAAGCUUCCUCUCAGUGAGUCCCACUAAAGAGAUUAAGUUGGCGGUCGGAGUUCGGCGGAGCAGCAUGAGCAGCAGCUGUGGCAGCAGCGGUUAUUACAGCAGCAGUCCUACGCUCAGCAGCAGUCCACCUGUCCUUUGCAACCCCAAAUCUGUUCUGAAAAGACAAGUGAGUCCAGAGGAGCUGCAGACACCAGGAGGACCUUUUAUAAAGAAGACAUUCACUAUUAUCGGUGACGCUGUGGGCUGGGGGUUUGUGGUGCGAGGCAGCAAACCCUGUCACAUCCAGGCUGUGGACCCUGGUGGACCUGCAGCUGCUGCUGGCAUGAAGGUGUGUCAGUUUGUGGUGUCGGUGAACGGACUGAACGUCCUCUCUCACGACUACCGGACCGUCAGCAACCUGAUCCUCACUGGACCCAGGACAAUCGUCAUGGAAGUGAUGGAGGAAGCCUGAGGAGAGCCGUGAGAGAAUCCCUCAUAGAUGAGUAGUGCAGUAAUAACGUGGGGACUAGAAGGUUUAGUACUUGACCUUAAAACCACAGCGACAGAGCAACGUGGACGACUUGAGCCGCAACUCUCUCUCUGUCCCAACAUUGUUUGAAUUUGGAGACGCACGCGUAAAACAGGGAAAGUGCAAGAGCCGACACUUCUACAGAUGUUAAUCCAACUGCCCACUGAGACUCUCAAGUGUUGUUGAAGAGACCCCAGACUUUUUGUGUGGAAUAGGAUGACCCAUGUUGGAUGCUUUUUGUUUGGAUUUGGAGCGGUUUCAUGAAUCUGUGGCUGACCAUGACCAAGUGUUUAAAGGACGAGAGACUGAGUUCUUCAGUAGAACCAGGAGAUGAACCGGUACAAGCUGAAAGUGUAACAAUAAGAAGGACUAUUUCAUGCAGACACAUUCAGUGACCUCUCCCCCAGUUAUUUCCAACAAUGGACCUGUGGCAACACUGCCCUCUGCUGGGAGGCAGAGACACACACACACACACACACACACACACACACACACACACACACACACACACAGAGGAGCAUUUCUAUUUCAACGACAUAAAUCACAUGUCUUUGGUGUCGGGGUGUUUUUGUUUUUUCUUUGCUUGGGGAAACCAUUGUGUUAAAUAGAAAGAGACACAUUUCUACCCUUGUGUGCUAAAACAAAUCGAUGCCCAGGUAAAUGUAUGUGUAGCUGCUGGGAAUUAGUUAGUUUACAAGAUAAAAAGUGCAGUGAUAAACAGUAUGUGACAUAAACAGGCACAAUGUACAUAGAAGAGUUACGAGGGAGUAAACGCACAAACAAACUGAAGAAGUCCUGCUUUAGAAAAACAGUGUUUAUCAGGUGAAGCCUCAUAAUUGUGCAAAUUAAAACAAGCUGCAACACUGAGAACAUUGGAGACUUUAAAGAUACUUGCUUUAUAAGGCUUUAUAAAUUAAUAACCCCUUAUCUUUAUUAGUAUCCCUUAGUUUAGAUUUUUUAAAGAAAUACGUGAUAUGCAAACCAGAAACUUCCACAAUGACAUAAUGUGUCAUUAUUUGUAAGAGGUUGUUUAAAAGAAUAGAAACUUAGGAGUAAAUGAUCUCUGUCUUACAUACUAUUGAGAUAUUCUUAACUCUCAAAUAUUAGGAAAAAAUAGAAAAUAUUUCUAAGAGGAGUUGCAUUUAUUGUUUAAAAAAUGAAAGGUUUGUUUCAUAACAACGGCAAUGCCAAAUACAUCCUAAACUGUAAUGCCAACCAAAUAUAAUUUGGAAACUUAACAGAUUUUCUUGCAGCAGACAUCGGAGUCAGUUGACCUAAAAUAUAGAAUAUACGUCUAUAUAUCCUUUGAUGUUAGAAGAAUUAAAGGGUGAAAUGACUAUAUGAGCACUUGAACUAUUAAUCAUUUGUUUUUUAACUAACAAACGCACUUAGGUGACAAAAGCUUUGUUUAUGUUUAAUAAUAUUUCGAUUUUUAACAUGUAUAUGUUUAUAUACAAGAUUUCAUUGUUGAUUUUUUUUAUGCAAUCUUUAUCAAUUACUCACCCUGUCUUAUGUUGAAUUUGGGAUGGAAAGUGAAUUAAUUCAAGUCAUAUGGCUCCAUGUUUAACAGCAAUACCAUAUCAAAACACCUGUUUACAAACUCUCACACAACUCGUGCAGUAUAAUCUAAGACACUUUCACAUAAUCUGAAGGGUAGCGUGCCUGUGCUGUUCAUGCAUGACUGGAUAAGUGAUCCUUGGAUUACACUGCGCGAGUUGUGCGAGAGUUUGAUGUUUUGAUAUAGUUUUGCUGUUGUGAAACGUGGACCCCAUAGACUUCAAUUCAUGAAAAAUGUUUGCCUUUUUUGGAUUUUUCAUUCACUGUGGAGACAUGCAAAAAAAACAAAGUUUUCUUAAAGAAUUAAGCAUAACACGGGGUAAGUAACUGAUAUACAACUGAUAAUUUGGAGGGUGAAGUAUUCCUUUAAAAAGGGUUACCUGAGAGUUAACUGCACUAAAGCAGACCUGACAUUUAGAUAAAUGUAUCAUUAGAGUCCAAAAUAACAUCACGAGAAUUAACUGUAUGUUUAUAGACUGUGCCAUCACGUGCUUAGACAUACUAGCAUGAGGAGACCACAUUUAAAACUUUACAAUAAUAAAAAGAAAAGCAUGGACAAGUGAUGCACAUGUUGCUGAUACAGCAUGUGUCUGUAAUCAGUGGCUGAGCGAGUAAACACUUGUUUGUUUUAGACAAAACAACACUGCCUGGUUCAUAGAAUAUGUACUUAGUUUAGUCCUGAGGUGACAUUAUUACUAAAUACAACCUUUUUUAUUCAACAUGAACAUAUAUUCAGGAAAUCUGUAUUGACAAACUGUUGAAUGAACACAGACUGUAUGUCACAGUUAACUGCCUCCAAGUCUCAGAAGUGGACAUCUCAUUGUUUUUUCCCCCUCAGUAUGCUUCGAUGUUGUAAGCAGUGAAAUGCAUGAUUCCUGUAAAUCUGUGCUUAUGUAGCAUUAGCUUCGAAUCCAAAGUUCUUCUUCAGUUAAUUGACAUGUAGGACUGAGUUAUCUGACAGAUCAUUUCAGAUGUAAAGUAGAUUUGGGCCUUCAAAACUCUUCAUUUUUCACAUGCUUUCUGAAGAACAAAACUAAAGUUCAGUUUAUAAAAUUGUAGAAUAUUUGAUGUUCUCUGGCUGAUAAACAUUCGUGACAUUUUGUCGUAGUUGGAUGCCGAUCUCAAAACUGCUCGCUCAUGUUGUUGGGUGAUGUCAUACAACACACUGUUUUCACAUCAUGUAAAGAUCAUGGAUAGUUUUGGGUUUGCUGAGUUUGGAGGAGAUAUAAUAGGGACACAGAGGUGUCAAUAUUCUUCUGUACUUUUUCAUAUUGGUUGUUUCUUUCCACACACCAUUCAGCAGGUAACAUGACGAAAAUCACUUCCUCUGCAGACAUUAGUGAGUCAUCAAUCAAGAAUUUACAUUAGUCUUUAACAGCUGAUAUCUACACCCAUCAUGGGUUCAGUUUUAUUUUAUUUUUGAAUUAAAGAUUCACUAUGCAGGAAAUGUCGGCUACUGUUUGCAAAUAUUAUCCCCAGCAAAAGUAAACGUGAAAGCUAACCUCAGACUGGCGUUUUACCUUGCCAGUUUUUCAAUGCUGCAUCUGUGAUUUUUGUAGCUUCCUCUUGAACGCCUGCUGCUUACGGUCUGGCACCUGGUUUCUAGUCCUGACCUCACCUGUGUGCUGUGUACGGGAACAUCCUGAACACAGCAAAAUGAGAAGUAAAUAAGAAAAUAGAGGCAAAUGGCAGAGUCUUUGCAGAUAAAUACAUCUCCACACAUCUACUGGGUCAUAAGUGAUGAUGAGGGAUAAGAGGGAUGACCUUUGCAUGAGUCUAUACAUUGUUUUUUAUUUAUUUUUAAAUGAAAAUCCUGCAUAGUGUACCUUUUAAAAAAACUCACCUACCCACAGUUUUAGACCCAGUGUUUGUUCUUCUAACUGUGUCUGGAAAUGAUGUGGUUGAACAGCUGUGAUUCUUGAGGAGAGGGGAGACGUUGCUUGUUUGUCUGAAGGCAGUUUAGAAAGAGCACAAAGGUUGAUUAUGGUCAAAGUUGACUCUUGGUAACUGAAAAUAUGCAGAAUUGUGAAAUGUGUGUAUGAAAAAGUGUUGAAGGAGUUCUUUGGGGUCAUGGGUUGGCUGAAACAGGUUCACUGACUGCUCGACAAUAAGCCUGAAAGCGUUUGCCUUAAGACCUUAUUUUGCUGCUAAUCAUAGUCGGUGGUCAUCUAAUCUCCUGUUCCGUUCCCCUAGAUCUGUUUAUCUCUGGCUGCGUAUAUUAAAAGUGCUCGUUGUAUUAGGCGAUCAUGCGUCAGUUCUGUUGACAAUCAGUGUUUCAAGGACACCACCUUCAAAUAGCACAACAGCAGUUUUAAAAAGCAAUGGUCAGACAGAAUGUAUUCUCCGCCAUCCUCUACAUUGUGCUGUUGAUAUUGUCAGUUUUAUACUUAAUCUUUGGUGACUGGUUUACUCAUCUAAUUAAAGGGAUUCUUUUACUUCACGUUCACCUCAUAAGGCCGGGGUGAGGGGCCCAAAUAUUCUCAGUGUGUUUUAUUUUCUGGGGUAUCAGAGAUUGAAUGUCGGGUUUGACAACAGUAUAAGCUCACACAGUACCACAGUCUGUUUAUGACAAAGCAGCUAAAGCUCAUUCUGAUGUUCUCGUGUAUUAAACAGUUGAUUAAGUGUUUAAUAAACAAAGUGAUUCUA